AUGGGCACCGAGGCCAAGCCCCAUUCUGAGCGGGGAGAAGGUCCGACCUCGCCGUUCCCUUCUGGCCUGCGCGUCAUGGUGGUCGACGACGACCCACUGUGCUUGCGGGUCGUGGAGGAGAUGCUGAAGCGCUGCAGGUACGAAGUGCGCACCUGCAACAACGCCGCAUCGGCGCUCGACCUGCUGCGGGAGAACCGCAGUGGAUUCGACCUGGUGCUCUCGGACGUGUACAUGCCAG